CUAGCUCCCGCCGCCACUCGCUGGCUGAGAGGGAGGAGGAAGCGGUGAGUUCCGGAGCCGUGCCUAAUCCCGGCCCAACCUUUGCUCCAGAGAUCAUGGCUGCCGAGGAUGUGGCGGCGAUGGGCGCGGACCCGAGCGAGCUGGAGGGCGGCGGCCUGCUGCACGAGAUCUUCACCUCGCCCCUCAACCUGCUGCUACUCGGCCUCUGCAUCUUCCUGCUCUACAAGAUCGUGCGCGGGGACCAGCCGGCGGCCGGCAGCGACAGCGACGACGACGAGCCGCCCCCGCUGCCCCGCCUCAAGCGGCGCGACUUCACCCCGGCCGAGCUGCGGCGCUUCGACGGCGUCCAGGACCCACGUAUACUGAUGGCCAUCAACGGCAAGGUGUUUGACGUGACCAAGGGCCGCAAGUUCUACGGGCCCGAUGGGCCAUACGGGGUCUUUGCCGGAAGAGAUGCAUCCAGGGGCCUUGCCACAUUUUGCCUGGAUAAGGAAGCACUGAAGGACGAGUAUGACGACCUGUCUGACCUCACUCCUGCCCAGCAGGAGACCCUGAGUGACUGGGACUCUCAGUUCACUUUCAAGUAUCAUCACGUGGGCAAGCUGCUGAAGGAGGGGGAGGAGCCCACUGUGUAUUCAGAUGAAGAAGAACCAAAAGAUGAGAAUGAUCGGAAAAAUGAUUAAAGCAUUCGGUGGAAGCAUAUCUAUUUUUGUAUUUUGCAAAAUCAUUUGUAACAUUCCAGUCUGUCCUUAAAGCAUUGUGAUUUCAACAUUUAGAUAAGUUUUGAACUUGCUGUGAAUUUUUUAAUUAUUCGUAACAUCACUAGUGGCACUGAUAAAAGUAAGUUCUGUCUUAGAAUAUGCAUGAUAAUGUUGAUGUGUCACAGAUCCAGAAAGUGAACGGUAGUGCUGUAAUAAAAAUGUUAAUAUUCUUCUACCUGUAGUUAGUAUAGGCUAAAUUAAAAAAAUUUUUUUGACAGGUAAGACUUUCAUAGUCCCAAAACAGGUAAAAAUGUUAAAUGUGCAAAGUCCUUUAAACACCAAGGACAAAGGACCAACUUUUAGUCAUGAUGUUCUUUAAAGAACUGUAUUUUUCGAUUGAUGUAAACUGCAUGAUUUCUGUUAUAUCUACCUCUGAAGCAAAUCUGCAGUGUUCCAAAGAAUUUGAUGUCGGUUCCUGAGAGCUGUCUGGUAACAAAACGGUAUCACAAAGCUGGACUUAUUUGGCAAAAGAUAUUUACUGUGUUUCUGGACUGCUUUGUAUUAAAACAGGAUCUGAACAUACAAAGGAAAAGCUUAAAAAAAAAAAGCUGGCUUGCCUGCAAACCUAAAUUUGUGAAGAUUGUAGCACUGUCUUCCCAAUUCCUGUGUUCAUAGCGAGGUACUGGUUAUUUUACACAAUUCGAAGUGAGGGGGAGGCAUACAGAACAGAAGGAGCCAGGUAGGUGUUCGCUCUCCUAAGAACCGUCAUACAUGGCCCCAAAGAACGAGGAGAAAACUGGAAACGUCACUAGCCAAGUGAUUUUUAAAAAUUAUUCAUAAGGUAACAGUCAUUGCAUUGUUACCAGACUAGCCACUGCAAAAACUAGUAGUCAAGUGUCUAAGUGUUUCAUAAUGUUUUUUUGUGUGUUAAUACUACACUUAGCUUAAGUAGACUGUACAGUUGUAUAAAUUAGCAAAAGUAUUAUAUGAACUAGUGAGAUUUCAAACUCUUGUAGUUAAAUAAUCAUUGUAUUUUCUUGUGAACUGUGUUUAGUGGUUUUACCUCAAAUCAGAAAAUAAAUGAUGUGCUUUGGUGAGUUAAUAAAAUGGUUUUACCCAGUA